CCGUGCAAUGUCAUUCAUCAAAUACGUUCAGCACUAGUCGGUAAACAACUGGCUGUAAACAACUGAAGGUCCAAACUAACGCUACCACCACACGAUGAAGAAAACACGCCAACUGAGCUCUGCCUGUGGUCACGUGACCUAACGGCACCGUUCUACACGACAACACGUCAGGUUGCUAAGUUAGCUAGUGAGCUAGCUGUACUUAGCUGACCAAAAUGAUGUGGCUAGAGGAAAACCCCGGUUUGCUACGUGCCCGCGAUGAAACAGCCGUGGCUUUAGAGCGAUGAAUGGACUAUCAGAUAUUCUACAGACAGCCCCGGACUCAGACGACAGGAAAACGCCCCUGCCAUGGCAGCUGGUGUCAGCGUACUGAGUGACUUGUCUUACUCCAUGAGUGGAGCCCGCAGUGAGAGAGAGAUCAGCACAGAGAUGGAGACAGCCAAUGCAAGGGUCCCUACAGCAAAGUACACCAAGAUGGGGGAGACCCUGAGGCAUGUCAUCCCCGGUCACAUGCAGUGCUCCAUGGCUUGUGGAGGGAAAGCCUGUAAAUAUGAGAACCCCUCUCGCUGGAGUGAUGAGGAGCAAGCCGUUAAAGGACUCUACUCGUCCUGGAUUACUGACAACUUGCUAGCUAUGGCAAGGCCAUCCACUGAAAUCAUAGAGAAAUAUAAUAUAAUUGAGCAAUUUCAAAGGUGUGGUCUGAAGACGGUCAUUAACCUGCAGCGGCCCGGAGAACACGCCAGUUGUGGCAACCCGCUGGAGCAGGAGAGCGGUUUCACUUAUCGACCUGAAAUUUUCAUGGAGGCCGGCAUUUAUUACUACAACUUUGGGUGGAAGGAUUACGGUGUGGCAUCUCUGACUACAAUCCUUGACAUGGUGAAAGUCAUGUCAUUUGCUGUCCAAGAGGGAAAACUGGCUGUCCACUGCCAUGCUGGUCUUGGAAGAACAGGUGUGUUGUUUGCUUGUUACUUGGUUUUCACGUCCCGGAUGAACGCUGACCAAGCCAUCCUGUUUGUGCGAGCAAAGAGACCCAACUCCAUCCAGACCAGAGGCCAGCUCCUUUGCGUAAGGGAGUUCGCCCAGUUCCUGGUACCUCUCCGAAGCGUCUUUUCCUGUGCAGAACCCAAAGCGAGCGCUGUCACUUUGUCCCAGUACCUUACCCGGCAGCGCCACCUGCUGCACGGCUACGAGGCCCGACAGAUGAAAAACGUGCCAAAGAUCGUCCAGCUGGUGUGCAGGCUUCUGGUCGACAUCGCAGCCAACAGACAGGCGGUGAUAGAGGAGGAGUGGCUGGAGAUCCCUGACCUCACCGCUGAGGUGGAGAAGACCGUGUCCCAGCAGGCUCUCCAGCAGCUCGGGAAGGAGAUGAGAGGGAAGGGAAUUCCAGUUCCACCUUGUUCAUCCCAUCCUCUCAGCCCACCUGCUCUUCAGUCUGGACCUCCUCACGAUCAACCUCUUGCCAGCGAUAACGAGCUUGACCCUCUGUGGAGACAGCAGAAUGCAGAAAGCCCUCUGAGAUCCUCUCUGUCCAACAACAGGCACCUCAGUUACAGCGACUCUGUCCUUCACAAACUUGGAACACGGCAGCACCAUUUAGAAAAUCUGAAGAGCAACAAACCAAUCAACUGCCUGAUCAAACAUUCCUUGUCUCACAACAGCCUUACAGUCCGUAACCUACCCAGAUUUUGUGACCCCUCUCCUCAGGACUUUAUCAGCAGCAUUCAGGACCCCAGUACAAAGGCAAAGCAAGACACAGGAUCCCCCUUUAUAAAAAGGCAGCUACGCAAGGGACGUCAAAGUUGGUCUUUAGAUCUCUCUGAGCAGGGAAGAAGAUCCAACUGUAACGCCACACUGCCAGCCUUAUCAACCAAGAGCAAACUAUUAACCAGCGUGGAGCAGCCAGGGGAUGUGUUUGUGGAUGAAGGAGACACAGGCAUUGUCAGAGAGGUUCCCUUCAUCGCUCUCCAGUCUGAGCUCUCCCCAGAGAGCAGACGCCUGUUGGUGACCAAGGCUGUGGCCUUGGACUUGAGCGACAAGGAUCUCACCUCCAAGGUGUCACUAUGGCAGACGGAGCUGAACUCCAGAGAGGGAGCGUGGGAGAGGCUGUGUAUGGAAAGAGAUCCUCUGGUCCUGUCCAGUCUAAUGUGGUCGUGGCUGGAGCAGCUCAAGGAUCCAGUCAUCAGCAGCGAGGAUAUAAAAGCCCUCAGUGAGAAGAACGUGAACCCACAGAAUGCCCUCGACUCGCUGGAAAAGGGCCACAGACUCACUUUGCUGUGUAUCCUUGACUGUGUUGCUCAUCUCCUGCCAGUGCCUGAAGAGGUGGAGACUAGUUUUCUCAAUCAAACAAUAAAAGUGUUUACUAAGAUUGACCCUGCCUCAGAGAAGAACGAGUCCUUGUACACGACCCUCAGAGCGAUCCUGAAUCCCAUUCUUCAUGAGCUGCAAGACAAAGCUGCAGAGGAGAACGAAGACUCCUGAAUCCAGCCUGAAUGGGACCGGUCGGAUAUGAAGAAGACCCACAAACAGGGUUCUGCUCUCAUAUUUUGGGCAUUACUGUAUUUUAAGCCAGUUCCUUGCAUCAGAUACUGCUCUGCCAAUCUUUAGUCUUUCAACGUAUUUGAAGACUGUGUCAUGUUUAGCGUUUUGUUUUUCCUUGAAGCUCUUAAUAGACUCUAAGCCAGCGGUUCCCAACCUCCACUAGGGGUCACCCAAGCUUCAC